GGUCGCGGCGCGCACAGAGGCGGCGGCGAGCGGAGCUGCGGGAGCCGGCCCGAGGCAGAGGUCCAAACCAUGAAUUACGUUGGACAGUUAGCAGGACAAGUGUUUGUGACUGUGAAGGAGCUCUAUAAGGGUCUAAACCCAGCCACACUGUCAGGAUGUAUAGAUAUAAUUGUUGUACGUCAGCCAGAUGGAAAUCUGCAGUGUUCCCCUUUCCACGUUCGCUUCGGGAAAAUGGGAGUUCUACGUUCCAGGGAGAAAGUGGUUGACAUAGAAAUUAACGGAGAGGCUGUAGAUUUGCACAUGAAACUGGGAGACAAUGGGGAGGCCUUUUUUGUGCAGGAAACAGAUAAUGAUCAGGAGGUGAUUCCUUAUCAUCUCUCCACAUCUCCCAUUCUGUCUGAGGGAACUGCCUUAAUGGAAUCCCAGCUGAAGAGGAAUUCCAUAGACAGGAUACGAAACCUGGACACCAAUGCAUCCUCACAAGUCCCACCCCAAGCCCAUGGAUCCCAGCCUUCGACUGAAACAUCUCCAGUCUCUAGCUCUGUGAAAAAAAGGAGGAAGAAGAGGAGGAAGUCAACUCAUAAAAUAGACAGCUUAAAAAGAGAAGACACACAUGGAGACACGUCAGAAGAUGAAGACAUGUUUCCCAUAGAGAUUAGCUCAGAGGAAGAAAAAGAGCCAUUGGACAAUUCAAGGAUCCCUGUUCCAGAUGUAUUUGUUGAUGAUGUAUCUGACAUAAAGGCUCCUGCAGUUUCUGUGCUUUCUCAGUCUGCACCUUAUGCUCAUUCAGAUGGAGAAUGGUCACCUCUUCAAAGUAAGGCUAUAGAUUGUAAAGGGCAAACCACUCUCCUCACUGUUCCAGCAGACGGAGGCCUAUCUAACUCUUGUCCUCAACAAUCUUCUCACUUUUCUCUUCCAGACAGCCCAUCAGACUCACGUCCUCCUACUCCUCAAAGUGACUCAGAAUUAGUCAGUAAACCUACAGACAGAAGUGGACUGAAGGAUAAUCCCCACAUGCACUGGGCAUGGGGAGAGCUACCCCAGGCUGCAAAGGCCAGUUCUCUGCUCAAAGCAAAGGAACCCAGCAUGGCAGAUGUAAAUCCUUCUGAAAGCACUCACUUUAGGGUCAUCCAGAGUUCUCCUGUUGAGGAGUUUAACACAGUAUCUCCUCUGCCUGCCCUUGGACAAGCAGAUGCAGCAAUUGCUGGUGAAAGUGAGCCCUUACCAGCUGAGACAAAUAAGCCAGAGACAGAUCUGCCAGGAGCAGCUGAACCCCCAUUGCCUGCAAAUGAAGAAAUAAAACAAGCUGCAGCUUGCUCAGCCCAACCGACUGGCAAGAUGGAUUCCCCUUCCAGAAAGAAAGACAAACGGAGCCGGCAUCUUGGUGCUGAUGGUGUCUAUUUAGAUGACCUCACUGACAUGGAUCCAGAAGUUGCUGCACUUUAUUUCCCCAAAAAUGGGGAUAAUGCCCAAAGCAGGAGCACGGCCGACAUGGGGCCGCGGCCGGCCAGCCACUCUCCGCAGUCUGUCGGGAGCUCGGGCGUUGACAGCGGGGCUGAGAGCAUCUCGGAUGGAAUCCGGGAUUUGCCCUCCAUUGCCAUUUCUCUCUGCGGAGGUCUUACUGAGAACAAAGAGAUAACCAAAGAAGAGUUCUUAGAACAUGCAGUAACAUAUCAGCAGUUUGUGGACAAUCCUGCUAUCAUUGAUGACCCUAACCUUGUGGUUAAGAUUGGAAAUAAGUACUACAACUGGACGACAGCUGGUCCCCUUCUGCUGGCAAUGCAGGCAUUCCAGAAACCUUUGCCAAAGGCAACUGUGGAAUCUAUAAUGAGGGACAAGAUGCCAAAGAAAGGUGGAAGAUGGUGGUUUUCAUGGCGAGGGAGGAACAGCACUAUUAAAGAGGAAACAAAGCCAGAGCAAGGCAUGAGUGAGAGUGGACUUACAGAAGAAUCUUCACAGAUGAGCAGGGCAAACAGAAUAAAAGAUGAAUCUUCUUCAAGCGAUGAAGACCCAAGAGCUGCCAAACAAAACCUCGGGUCAUUGCAAGCCAACUCCAGUCAUCUCUCGUUAUUGUCUGGAAUCAGUUACAAAAAAUCACUUCGACUCACUUCUGACCAACUUAAAAGCUUAAAGCUCAAGAAUGGCCCUAAUGAUGUGACCUUUAGUGUUACAACCCAGUAUCAAGGCACUUGCCGCUGUGAAGGCACCAUUUACCUAUGGAAUUGGGAUGAUAAAGUUGUUAUUUCUGAUAUUGAUGGAACAAUCACACGGUCAGAUACUUUAGGUCAUAUUUUGCCAACUCUUGGCAAAGACUGGACACACCAAGGGAUUGCAAAGUUGUACCAUAAAGUGAGCCAAAAUGGAUAUAAAUUUUUGUACUGCUCAGCACGAGCUAUUGGAAUGGCAGGCAUGACCAGAGGAUACUUGCACUGGGUCAAUGAAAGAGGAACUGUGCUGCCUCAGGGGCCAGUUUUGCUGAGUCCAAGCAGCCUAUUCUCAGCUCUUCACAGGGAGGUCAUAGAAAAGAAGCCAGAAAAAUUUAAAGUUCAGUGUUUGACAGACAUCAAGAAUUUGUUUUAUCCUAACACAGAGCCCUUUUAUGCUGCUUUUGGAAACAGACCUGCUGAUGUUUAUUCAUACAAACAAGUGGGGGUUUCUUUAAACAGGAUAUUUACAGUUAACCCUAAAGGAGAACUUAUACAAGAACAUGCAAAGACAAACAUCUCAUCCUAUGUCAGACUCUGUGAAGUGGUAGAUCACAUUUUCCCUUUGCUGAAAAGAAGUCAUUCUUCAGACUUCCCUUGUUCUGACACCUACAGCCAGUUCACCUACUGGAGAGAACCUCUGCCACCAUUUGAAACUCAGGAUGUACAUCCAGCCUCAUCUUAACCACGUCUCCAAAUUGUUGGUCUCACCUUAAAGACUGGGUUGGCUUGUGUUGAAAGGACAUCACUUGGCUUUUGCUGUUAACAGUUCAGUUGGAAUCUGUGAAGUUGUGAGCAUUGUAUUCUUCUGUUGUGAGCAAACUUAGGAAUGCUUUUUCAUACUUAGGUUUCCAGACAAGAGGAGUCUUGUUAGGAAUAGGAGUUGCUUUUCUAGGUCCUCUCCCAGGUCCUCAAAUUUUGCCAUGCACUUUCAUUAUAUAAGGUCAAUUAAAAGUGCAGUGAUGUUGAGGUUGCAGGUAAAUAUGCCAUAAGGUUGUAAAGUGAUUCCACAUCUGUUCUGCAUCACUGAAGCCAUCUUCCAUCCUGUCAGAACCCCUUGCCAGUAAGGGAGCUGAAGGUGCUCACCAUUCCUGACAUUAUCUGGUGACACAGACAGGGAUUACAAUCUAUAUAUCAAAAUCCUUCUCUCUGAAGGAGCAAAUGAUUCCUCCUAUCUUCCCUUGCUUGACCAACAACUGUUUGUUUAAGAGUUAGUUACUGGUCGAGGUCCUCAGCAGAUGUAAAUCAGUGUAGCUGUCAAAACCAAUUGAGCUUUGUUUGAUUGAUUCCAGCCUGUUUUGACAUGGGACACUUCUGAGGAAAUAAAUUAUAUGUAUUCUAAAUAGAAAGUAAAUGAAAUAGGAUGGCCAGAUUCUUCCAGUCUUUCUCAGUUUGAGAACUAUCAUACUUUGGGAGUAGCUUUUUGGAUCUGUAUGUGUUCUAGUGGAAGAUACAGGCCACUGUGGAUAGUGCCCACCUUACUGAAGUGGGUGAUUUUCAGUAAACACAUCUUUCCUACACACAGUGUGCUGAGGUUGAAGAUUUUUUUACUGAGCCAAAAAUAGUAAGGAUUUUAUCAAAAUGGAAUAGUUUUGUUUGAAAUAUUAUUUUGGUUAAAAUGUGAAUUCUGAUGCUGGCGAAUGACGCAUCUCAGGUUUUUACUGUAUGGAUUUUUUUUGCUUUGUUUUGUAUCACAAAGAAUGGAUACUUUUAGUGCAAUUUACUCUCCUUUAAGAUAAUGAAAUCUCCUUUUUUUCCUUUUUUUCCAUAUUUAUCCAGACACAAGCUGUAGAUAUUGCUUUUGACAGCCUUAAGACUGAACUGUGUGCACUAAAAGCAAUACUGUGGAUCAGUUGAUAACAUUUUCCAAAUGGUCUGCCUUUACACAAUGUGGUACUUAAAAUAUGGACUCCAAGUGCCCACAUGCCAAAUGAUUUCAAAUAUGUUGUAGAUAGGAAAGAAUUUUUUUUUUUCCUUUUGGAAUAUACUGAAAAGUCUAAUUGUUCUCUGAAAUGCUGAAAAUGGCAUCAUGGGCUUCUAUGUACAUUGUAUUUCAGUAUGACUACACUGGUGGUUCACAAGCUGUGGUCUCUGCCAGCUUGUGAUCUGAGGCUAUGGUAAGUGUUUUGCAGCUGCUUUGUAGUGUUUUCACUUAAGAGUUUAUUAACAGGAAGGCAGAGUGGUCCAGAAGAAAUUUUAAGAUGUGAUUAUGGUUGUUUAUCACCCAGAAAUUUGGAAAUGGCUGCUCUGUAUCGCAUUUCUUUUGUAACAACAAAUUCUGGUUUUGCAUGUCAAGAGUGAUAGCAGUGUAGAUAGGAUGGGAACUCUCUGGUAGGGUUUUUCUAAGUUUUACUACUGAAGACUUUAUCUGGGUUCUAAGUGGGCCGAUUUAUGAUUUCUCUGUGCCUUCAAUAGUAAUGAGAACAAGUGCAAUGCUUUACAUAGCUGCAGUGUGCAGUGGAGAGCCCUCCCUAAGUCUUCCUUUCACAUGAACAUUGCUACUUCAGGAAAGGUAAAUAUCUGCUUUGGACAUAUCAGGAUUAGACACAAAGAGGAAGAAAUGUGUGUU